AGAAAAGAACAGAAACCAGUUUGGUGGGGAGUUGCUUCCCAAAUUCAAGGAGUGGAAAUUCUUUGCCACUGUGAUUGGCAGCCAAUGUGUGUGCGUGUUGCAUGGAAGAAAUCACAUUACCUCGGCAAUGUGUCGCGGUAAUAUACAAAAAUGGAGCCUCUAAUGCAUAUGUGAAAUGAUCAACCAAAGGGCCAUUUAUCAGCAUCCCCGAAGUGAGCUGAGAAAAGUGUAAAAAUAAGCAAGCAACCGGCAACUAACAAGCAAACAACAGCCAUAACAAUUUGUCAAGUACACAACCACACACCAAAAACACAAAGCAGGUGAAAAUCCAAAAUAAGCGCGCGCGUUUUAAAACGCCCCAAAGCAGCGAGAGGCUAGGCCAAAGGAUUAUCGCGAUGGCAAGGACCACGGAACUGAAGCUGGCUAUGCUGGAUCCUGCGAAAUGAAUUUAUGCCUGUGCAGUUUUCCAUCGAUUUUCGUCUUGCGCCACAACGGACUGGGGAUGAAAAACCAAACACAUAAAACGGAUUUGAUAUUAAAAAAAUAUGCAGAAACAAGAAAAAAGGCGCGAGCUGCGCCUGAAGCGAUUCUGGCGCUCCCCCAAGACCACGUCCUCGGAGGACUCCAAUGGCUAUGAGAGUCCCACGAGAACGAAAGCGUCCAGUGCCGGCGGCAGCAGCGAUGCCCAGAGAUUCAACCACCUGCACUACACCAGCCUGUCGCAGGGAUCGGGCACCUCGUCCUCGGCGGGCGGAGCCACUGCAUCCGGAGCGGGGCCGACGACUCUGGGGCAGUCCGGCAACAGCAAGCCCUCCUGCUCGCUGCCACUUUUGCAGGUGUGGCCCAGCCAGGAUUCGCCGCGCGGCGAAGCGGAUGGCCAGUCCUUCGUGUUCCCGGCCAUCGUGGAGACGAGUGUCAGCAGUCCGACAGCCGUGGCCAGCGGAAGUGGCAGUAUCGGGAGCACCAACCUGAGUCUGAACGCCAGGAGGAGCAGCAACCACCUCAGCUUGUCGACGGACCGGCGGAGUUCUCUGUACUGUGAUACCCUGCAUGCCGGCGACUCCGGCAUCGAUUCGGUGCAGGCCUCGCCCUCGCCGAACGCCUUCAUAGCUCCGCCGGGCGUUCACAACCUGCCGCUAGGCCAGACGGGCGGCGGGUCCUGCCAUGUGUCGCCCACCAGCACGCCCACCCAGGGAUCACCCAAUUUGUCCUUGGGGCGCAGGAGCAUGCGGAACAGCAUAUGCGUGGUGCCCAGUGGCAACGGGCGGAGGAAGUCGAGCGCCCUGCUGCAUCCGGAUCACGCCCGACUAUUCGCCCUGCGAAUGAAACAUGCGGCGGCGCUGGAGCGGGCACAAACCUCUCCGGAUCAGACCUCCAUCGAGGACGCCAACGAGUUCCACGACAAUGGACUGGCCACCAACCUGCGGCUGUGCUCGGCCUCCUCGUCGACGACGUCGUCGCUGACAUCCGUGGCCGCGGUCAGCCUGGGCGGUGCCGGUGGUGCGGGUGGUGCGAACACUACCUCCUCCGGCUCCGCCUACGCUGUGGGCGCGGCGGGCGUCCAGCAGCGCGUCUCCGAUCCCUGGCUGCAGCCGCAAUCCGAUCGGGAACGGGACUCCCGGCACGACGGCAGGCGCAGGUCCUCCACGAUGACCGCUCGCUACUCCCUGUUCGAUGCCCUGGACCUGGAGUACGUGCUCUUGAGGGCCGCUGCCCGCGGUUCCGUGGGUCCCUACAGCCUCAGUGAGUCCAUGCACAAGCUCACCUUCACGCAAUCUUUGGCAUUCCCGGCCCUGGCACGUGGCCUGGCCACCAAAAGGCGGAGGUCGGCCACGCACACCAGCUCACGGCCCCUGAAUCCCCAUGAGUCCGGUCUGAAUACCUGCGCCAAGGUGGUCACCGCCGUCGUCCUGGUUGCCCUGUCCUUCAUGGUGUUCCUCAUCGUCUACAAGUUCGUGCGGACGUGAGGUUUGCUCCUGGCCCCGUCGCCAGAGCUCCCAGUCACAUAUCAGGCCAACUACGGAGCGGAGGAGGGGUCCACAUCGUCCUCCAUCAUCUCGUCGGCGGGCCGCAGUCUGGGCAAGCACAUGUCGGGGUUCAGGAGCAAAUUGGGUCUGCGUCAGGCCGACUUCGAGUGAUCCUUGCGAAGAUCCUUUGAACGGACAUUAAAGCACUGGUCGCCAACAUUUGUAUGAAACUCUAGGGAUUACAUAUUUUCCUCGAAAAGUACCUAUGAAAAUCGUUUCGUGUUGGUAAAAAACGGCUGACCAGUGAAAUUUUUGUGAUAAACUAUCAAUGAAAGCAAAUUUUUCCACAAAAGAAACCCCAACAGUGGAGCAUAUGUAAGUUAAUGAAAUAACAAAUUAAAGGCUUAAACAUUUAGUAAAAACAGCUUCAAGAGGCUUGCCAGAGUUUCAUCAAAUUUAUAAUAUACUUAUGAAUAAUAUUUUUUUAUAAAUAUAAAAAUCGCAGCUCGCAUUUCCUAGGCUCCUAUUUAGCGAAGAUUUUUGAAUGGAAUUCCAAAUCCAGUUUCAUUGUUUGCAGUUGAAGUGCCUAACUAAUUUUAAACAAACUACAAAUUACAUUAAUACUCGCUUAAUUUUGUUCUCUUCUUAAAAAUCGAAUUUAGAAAUUGGCAGCUGCUUGGAAACUAAAACUGCUUAUGCGCUGCAGUAGUCCAAAUAAUUUUUCCAAUAGAUAAACUUUUUUGAAGGGAAAUUAGAAGUGGUGGAGGAAUUUGAGAGGACAUAUGAUUUAAUAUUGAUUUGGAAGCAUUAUUUUAUAUUACAGCACAUUAAUAUCAAACAAAGAAUUAAUUUCCUUUUAACUCAUAAUUUGUGAUUAUUUUUUUAUUAUUAUUAUUCGCUUGUAUGUGGGAGCUUCAAAGUCAAUUAAAACCCAUAGCAACUGGCUAUUAUUUUAACCUUAUGCCUUACUCAUUCGUUAUCCUCACAAGCUCCAAAACACCAUGUUAGAGUUAUAUAAUUGGCUUUAGUCUUAAGGAUCAGGAAAAUUGGCAGGCGAAUAGGAACUACAAACGAGAUACAUUUGUACUGAGUUGUUGAACGGCUAGAUGAUAUAGAUGAUAUAUAAUAUGAUAUAUAUAUGGAAAUCCAGGCAUAUUUAAUUAACAUAUUUAUGGUAGCUAUAUAUAGUUAUACAAGCAAAUAUAUAUGUAUAUGUAUACAUGCAUUAUAUAUCUGUAUAUGGGUGUUUAUAAAUGUAUAUCUAAGCGGCUUAAAUGUGACAAAGCACUUGCUGAAAUACCACAAAAAAACUCUCUACUCUUAACUUGCUGCCUUACUUUCCUCUAGUGAAAAUAGUUGAAAAUAACGAAAAGAUAUUAACAAAAAAGCCCCGACUAACAAAUUCUUCAUAAAUUGCUGCCUUACUUUCCUACGAAUACGAAAAAGAAAAAAUUUAAAUCGAACUAAACCUUUUGAAGAAACCUUAUUAACUAACUCUCAGAGCUUUUUUUUCCUAUUUCCUCUACGAGCUUCGCCUACCAAAAGAACCUAAAAUGUGCAAAACAAAAGCAGACACGUUUUAUAUAGAGUAAAGAAUUAUAUACUAAAUGUAAAGUUAAAUAUACGAUAUUAAUAUUAAAGCUGACUAAAGGAUACACAUUUUGUUGCAUAAGUAUAAGUUAUUCCUUCCCUAUUCUUGCAUAAAUUCGCAUUAUUUCUAUAUUUGUCGAUGGCAUUCAUCAAUAUUUAUGCAUAGUUUUACGACCUCUCCUUUUUUCAUUACGAUUGGUGUGCAACCAACUAUGGUUAAAUAAAAAUUGCAUAUUAAAUGUCACAAAACCAGAAUGGAAAGAUGAAAUGAAAAACCAACUGUAACCGUAACUGAAGUAAGUUG